UUGCCGUUCGUGGGAAAAGAGGAAGAAACCACCUUUCGCUGGUUUGGCUUCUUCUUCGCCUACCUCGGAAACGACAGCAACCAUCUUAACAUCUUAAACCAUCCCACUCCAAGUCUUCUCAAAGAACACAACUUGGAUCAAGUAACUGAUGCUUCCAGUGAAGAGCCGCAGUGGGAAAUGAUGGACCCUGAGGUGUCUGUGCUGCUGCACUGUGCACACUGGCAUGGGCUGCUCGAGUCUCAAGUACAAGUGGAGCUUUCAGAAAGGUUUAACAGGCAGACAGAUCUGGCUCUGGAGCGUCACAUAGAUGAGGUGUGGACGAAGCGGGUGUCCAAGGAGCCGUGGCUUUUCAACGGGGCAAAAUUCAGGCUACAUUCUUUCUGCUUAGCAGAUCCACAAAAUCCACCUUCCACUCCGUUGUCCCAUGGCACCAUUUUCCACCACACAGAGGACCAAAACAAUCAAGGACAGAGGGAUUUGGGUGAAAUACAUAACAGGUGUAUAAGUCAGACAGAAAAUGCUGAGGGUGCCUCUAAUCAUGACUACAGAGAGUUUAAUGGCAUUGCAGACAAACUUCCUCCACACCCUGCACCCCUCCUCACUCUGAGGUUAGGCCUCACGUGCUACAAGGACUACCUGGGGACAAACUGGUCGUGUGGGGUGGCCAAGCUGCGACAGCGUGGUGAGGCCGAGUUCGGAGAUCCUCUGACGCUGCUGGCUCAGCCUCUAGGUGUCGGUGCCAUACUGUGCACCAGCAAUGGUCAGGUGGUCAUGAUCAGGAGGAGCCAAAAGGUGGCAGAGGCGGGAGGGCUCCUGGAUAUCCCCGGAGGCCACCCAGAGCCAAAGGCUGUGUGUGAGCGUCUAGGACAGAGGGUGUGUGAGGAGCAGAUCGGCAUAGCCAUGAUGGAGAGGAAGCCAGAGACCAUCGUCUCAGAGCUUUUCUCCUCUGUGUGCGCCGAGAUCAGAGAUGAGGUGAAUAUUCCUCUGAGCUCCCUAGGACCGCCCGUCCUGAUGGGCGUCGCUCUGAAUCACACCAGCGCUGGAAGACCGAGUGCCGAGUUUUACGUCAGUUGCUCCUUAAAUUCUGAUGAAGUGAGAAAGUUGUACUGGAAAGGAGGAGUGGAGGCCAGCGAGUCCACAGAGGUCGUCUUUGUCAGCAGAACGGAAGUUUUGCAGCUGGACAGAAGCAGCCCUCUGUGGUCGGAGCUUUGUCCGUCAGCUAAAGGAGCCGUGCUGCUUUAUCAGACUGUUAAACCUGACGUAGUUCCAGACCAACGCGGACGAGGCGAUGCCAAGUUGACACCACCACAUGUGCACAAAGAAACAGACUGAUUAAAGUUUGGGGUUUUAUUUACAAGUUACUGAUAAUUCAGUACUGUGUAAUUCAUUUAUACACUGUACAGCAAGAACAAGUAAAAAUGUAUUAAAAUAUUUUGAAUAAAAACCUAAA